AUGAAGAACCACGGUGUUAAGAAGGUAAACAAUAGAUACACGCAGAACCUCGGGAUGCAAGGUCUGGACGUUUGGAGGAACCCGCAGAUCUACAUGGUGGGGACGUCCCCUCUGUGCGGCCAAAUACGGGGCCUCAGUCCGGGGCAGAGGAAGCUGUGCCAGCUCCGUCAGGACCACAUGCGGAGCGUGGGCCGCGGCGCCCGGGCAGGCAUCGCCGAGUGUCAGCACCAGUUCAGCAGCAGCCGCUGGAACUGCUCCACCGUCGACGACUCGUCCGUCUUCGGACCCGUCCUGCAGAUCCCGUCCCGGGAGGCGGCGUUCGCGCACUCGAUCGCAGCCGCCGGUGUGGUGAUGUCGGUGUCACGCGCCUGUCGGGACGGCCAGCUGGCCUCCUGCGGCUGCUCCCGGUCAGCACGACCGGCUGACCUUGACCCCGACUGGACCUGGGGUGGCUGCGGCGACAACAUCCGAUACGGAUACAGGUUCACCAAGGGUUUCGUCGACAUCCGCGAGCGCGAGCGUCAGCGCGGGGCCGGCUCGCUGCGGCGGGGCCGCGCCCUCAUGAACCUGCACAACAACGAGGCCGGCCGGCGCGCGGUCAUCAACCUGACGAAGGUCAACUGCAAGUGUCACGGCGUAUCGGGCUCCUGCUCCACCGUGACCUGCUGGCAGCGGCUGCCCGCCUUCAGAGAAGUCGGUGACACGCUGAAGGACAAGUACGACGGAGCGACGGAGGUCAAGGUCAGUCGCCGCGGCCGGCUGCGCGUCAAAAACCGCCGGUACAGGAGGCCGACCGCCAACGAUCUGGUUUACAUCCAGGAGAGUCCGGACUACUGCAGGAGGAACGAAGCGCUCGGAUCGUCUGGAACAACUGGUCGCGCGUGUGAGCGAACUUCAAAAGGCACCGACGGCUGCGGACUGCUCUGUUGUGGCCGGGGCUACAACACCCAGCGCAUCACCGUCAAUGAACGCUGCCAGUGCAAGUUCGUCUGGUGCUGCAAGGUUCAGUGCCAAACAUGUGUCCGGCAAAAGACGGUGCACACGUGCAAAUGAACACCUACGAGCCUGUGCACAAUGUGGGUUCAAACCCGACCGCAGUUUAGAUGAAACGUUGCGGUAAAUGUUGGCAUGAAGGAUGUUACCAACUUUUUAAGAUGCACCCACUUGACCCCUGGAUGUGAACAAGUGAGCUGCGCUUGUACCUGGUGACCACAUGACCUGACUGGGAAGCUGGCGCGCAGAUCUGAGCCAGGCGACACAUGGGCAUGGUUGAUACUGGACUUGGACAUGCACUAACGUGCUUUCCGUAUGUUGCGCGUGCAACUUCUGCACACCGACCGAGCCCAUCCCGAUGCCUGUCGUGUUUAUUGGCGUUCGGCUGGCAUGUGUUGUUCAAGAGGCCUGUUGAUUUGUCAUCAGGUCCGAUCCGGUUCACCCGUUGUGUGACGGCUGCUGUUGUGCUGCCGCGUGCCGGCGUGUCGCAAAUACAUCCAUCUUUGAACUCAGAUGGAACGA